GCGUGGUCUGUCAUAUACACUCCAGAAAACGUAUCAUUCUUUCAUUUCUUUGUUUGCAGAGAAGAAAAAAUGACGUUGAAGGUGUUAGAUGCCACAGUGUCGAGCUUUGAUGGAGUGUUUGAGAAGUUCCGAUCAGAGGCUCCAAAAAAUAAGGCCAAUCUCAUCCUCUUCUUGGCUGACAAAGAUCCUUCUACCUCUCUCAGCUGGUGCCCUGAUUGUGUGAGAGCUGAACCUGUGAUCUACAAGAAGCUAGAGGCUUCAUCUGAUGAGAUUUCACUUUUGAGGGCUUAUGUUGGAGAUAGACCAACAUGGAGGAACCCCCAACAUCCAUGGAGGGUGCAACCUAGGUUCAAGCUCACUGGGGUGCCAACCUUGAUCCGUUGGGAGAAUGACACAGUCAAAGCUCGCUUGGAGGAUCAUGAAGCUCACAUUGAAAACAAAAUUGAAGCUCUUGUUGCUGACAAGUAGAAAAUGAUUCCCAUUGCAGUGUCUUGGAUAGUUGUUAUCUCAAAUAUAGUUCAAACAAUGUUUGCUGUACUCUUAUCAGCAAUUUAUCCCUAUCAUACUUUUAAAUUUGCUGCUAAAGCAUUAAUAUUAAUAAAUGAUGAGUACCAAUGGUGACAAGGUAAGUCUAAAAAUCAAUGGUGUGUAUACAACCUAAGUAAGCGUGAAUUUUGCACCAGUUACCUAUUUGGUGUUUCUGCAGACUGAAAAAUAGUCCAUUGAAAAUUUUGAUUCA